AUGAGAAACACAAUGGUAUUAUUUCUUUUUUUUAUCAUUAUUAUCCAAACAAUAUCACAAGAUAUACGUUCAUUAUUAUUAACUAAAUUGAACAAUAUUCAAUAUCAAUGUACUGAUCCUAGUUGUUCAUCUUCUACUACCAAUUUUGCAUUGAACUUGAGAGCCUGUGAAAUUGCUUGUUUAGUUAAUAUCAAUUGUCGUACACUUACGUAUGAUCAAUCUAGUAAUCAAUGCGAACUCUUUGUUGAUAUUCCGAGUCAAUAUGGUAGUCUGGUCACACAAGCAAAUAUUAUUACUAUGAUUGCUGUUGAUAAUAGACAAUUAUCAGCUCCAAUGACUACUAGUACAACAACAUCCGCCACAACAACAACUGCAUCAACAGCAACAUCAUCAACAACUUCAUCAUCAACAACUUCAUCAGCGUCAACAUCAUCAUCGUCAACAUCAUCAUCAACAUCAUCGACAACAUCAUCAACAACCUCAUCAUCAUCAACAACAUCAUCAUCAUCAACAACAUCAUCAACAACUUCAUCAUCGUCAACAUCAUCAUCAACUUCAUCAUCAACAACGUCAUCAACAUCAUCGACAACAACAGCAACGAUACGGGUAUGGUCUGCCACAGGUGCAAUGAGUACUACAAGAAACUAUCACACCGCAUCUGUAUUAACAAAUGGAAUAGUACUAGUUACUGGUGGAGUUAAUAGUGCUGUUUUAAAUAGUGCUGAAUUGUAUAAUCCAGCAACAGGUAUGUGGACAACUACUAACGCGAUGAGUACAUUACGAAAACUUCACACAGCAACGGUAUUAACAAAUGGAAAUGUAUUAAUUAGCGCUGGAAAUAAUGGUGCUAACUUUUUAACUACUGCUGAAUUAUAUAAUUCAUCAGCGGGUACUUGGACAACUACAGGAUCUAUGAGUAGUUUACGAGGUGCUCACAUAGCAGUCAUGUUAACUAAUGGGAAAGUAUUGGUUAGCGGUGGUGAUAGUGGUAGUGGAUUUGUUAGCAGCGCUGCAUUGUAUGAUCCAUCACCAGGUACUUGGACAACUGUUAGUUCGAUGAAUUAUUUACGUUGUUCUCACGUGGCAUCUAUAUUAGCAAAUGGUUCCGUCUUAGUUGUUGGUGGAUACAAUGGUGUUUAUUUAGCUACUGCUGAAGUAUACAACCCUACAACAAAUACUUGGACAAAUACAGCUAAUAUGAGUUAUGCCCGACAGUCACCUACAAUAUCUAUAUUAUUAAAUGGAAAAAUAUUAGUUGCUGGUGGAUAUAAUGGUGGUUCGUUAAACGUUGCUGAAUUAUAUGAUCCAUCGUCAAGCACUUGGACAGUUACAGGUAGUAUGAAUUGUGCACGACUUGGUCACACAGCAUCUGUAUUAGCCAAUGGAAAUGUAUUAGUUACGGGUGGAUGUAAUAGUAAUAGUUUUGCUGAAUUAUAUAACCCAUCAAUAGGAAAUUGGACAAUCACAGGAAAUAUGACUGCUAUACGCGCUUUUCAUACAAUAUCCACAUUAACAAAUGGAACAAUAUUAGUUGCUGGUGGUGUUUUUAGUAGCAGUCCAUCAGGUCUUGCAGCAGCCAAAGUUCUCCUAGAAGAUAGUUUUGAUGUCAGUAUAUUUGAUCGACAAAAAACAUUAGGGAGGAUUUUGUCUCCAGAUUGGGCCUAUGCUGAUCUACACAGCCAACAAAUCGGAGGUUUUAUGGAAUUUUCCAAUCUAGAGGAUACGGAAGCUGAAGAUGAUGCUCCUUGGGAAAAUAUUCAUAAUUAUCUCAAAAAAUAUGCUCAAAAAUUUCGUUUAGCAGAACAAAUUCGAUUUCAAACAACAGUUCUAUCAAUCGAUAAAGAUGAUUUGAAAAAUUCAACUCUUCUAUGGCUUGUCAAAAUUCAAACACUACAGGUCUUUUUUUCCACACCUUUCAUGCCAAUAUUUCGUGGUCAACAUAAAUUUGCGGGAUCGAUUGUUCAUCCCAAUGAAAUUAAAACAUAUGAACAAUUAAACAACAGACGUGUUGUAAUUAUCGGUGGAGGUAAAACUGCUUAUGAUUUAGCUUCAUUAGCUGGAAAAUAUGCCUUGUCUUGUCAUUUGAUCUUUCGGCGUUCUCAUUGGUUAGUUCCAGAAAUACUUUUUAAUGGUUAUCUACCAUGUGCAUAUGCAUAUGCAACAGGUUAUGUCGAAAAAUUUCCAUUUCUCUCUCAAAUAUUUCAUCGAAUUCUUGGUCAAAAUACAACGGAGGAAGGAAUUGAUCUUGAUCUCUAUCGUCGAAUUAUUCCUGUUGGAGUACCUAAUAUUGCAUUUAUUGGUUUACCAGCCAGUUUAAAUACCUGGAUGUUUUUUGAAGUGCAGUGUCAUUGGACAUCAGAUUAUUUUCUGGGUUGA